AUGGAUGAUGAAAAAAGACCCGAACUGAUCCUGGCUUGGAUCCCAGUCGAUAAAUCCAGGGUGCCACCAGCUUUUGCCAUCCCGUUUGAUUCCGAUACCUACCUGAUUCGGGUUCGAGAUCGGAAUACCGUGAUUCCCGGCCAAUGGUUAAGAAAUAAACAAUGCUCCGAAGUCAUGUGUUGCGGUCUCGAAGAUGUGCCGUUCAGUUUUGAGGUGUUGUGUGAUACACGAAUGGACCCCAUGGAUGAUCGUCCACCUUGUGAAUGGCUUCCGGGGUCCAGAGGAAAAGUGCCCUCGACAGCGAUCCAGGCCGGAAUCACCGAAUGGAUGGAACCAUUGUAUAUUGCCCGAAUCAUAGUCAAUCACAAAUGGUAUGCCGGAUUUGUUCAAUCAUCCAGACGAGGCGCUAUCUUCCUCAUUGAUGGUGUAGAACGAAAGUUACGAACUUAUGAUGUGUUGUGUUCUGUCGAGUAG